UUCAGAAGUGCUAAUUUUGUUUAACUUCCUGCAAUUGUUCAGCGUGUUAUUUGUAAAUAAGCUAAUCGCAGUUUACUUAAAAUGGUGUUGAAUGGAGAAACUUCAGGUGUGCCCAAAUUAACCGCGCCCACCUUCGGAAUACGCCAUUUGCAAUGUUUCAUGAUGUGCAUCGGUUUCUCGGCCGCUUUUGCGAUGCGCGUUAAUCUCUCAGUAGCCGUUGUGGCAAUGAUGGAUAACAAAGGCGCCAAUCCCGACUUUCCCGAAUAUCACUGGUCGGAGAAGAUCAAAUCGCGUAUACUCAGCAGCUUCUUUAUGGGCUACAUGAUCACGCAGGUACCUGGUGGCAUGCUAUCGCGUCGCUUCGGCGGUAAAAUAAUGUUGUUGCUGAGCUUCUUCAUAAGCAGUGUGCUAGCAUUGCUCACACCAUGGGGUAUAAGUUUGGGCGGCUGGAAGCUUUUGUGCGCUAUACGCUUCCUACAAGGUUUGGGACAAGGCACAACAAUGCCCGCUAUACAUACACUCGUCGCUAAAUGGUCACCAGUGGAAGAGCGUAGUUCACUCUCAGGUUACAGCUAUUUGGGCGCACAAUUGGGUACGGUCGUUAUAUUGGCCUCAAGCGGUGUACUGGCUUCCUCCAGUCUCGGUUGGCCAAGUCUUUUUUAUAUACCCGGCGCUGUGGGUCUCGUAUGGUCUGCCGCGUGGAUCAUUUGGGGUGCUAACUCACCCGAUGAAUGUCCUAGCGUAGGAGCAGCUGAACGCGCGCUCAUUGCUGAAUCACUGAAUAUGAAGGCGAAACAAGACGAGGGUAAACGCCCGCUACCUGUGCCAUGGCGCAAAAUCUGUACAUCGCUGCCUUUCUUGGUUACACUACUGUCGCACUGCGCCAAUUCGUGGGUAUUUUGGACGCUACUCACACAAAUUCCGUCGUAUUUGAAGAGUGUGCUCGGUAUGGAUAUCAAAAGUAAUGCACUGCUCUCGGCGCUACCUUAUUUGACAAUGUUACUUUUGGGUCUGGCCUUCUGUCCACUGGCCAAUUACUUGGAGAAGAGCAAUCGCAUUAGUGCCACAACAAGUCGUAAGCUCUUCAACUCAAUUGGUCUAUGGGUGCCGGUCAUAACGCUGAUUUGGUUGGGUUACAUGACGCGCGAGCAGACCGAUUUAGCCGUCAUUUUGCUGACAUUCACAGUGGGCAUCAGUGCGGCAACGCACUUGGGCUUCCAAGUCAAUCAUAUUGAUUUGACGCCAAACUUUGCUGGCACCCUCGUGGGCAUGACAAAUUCGGCGUCACAAGUCGCAAGCAGCAUAGCGCCACUGGUGGUGGGCUACGUCGUCACAGAUACGAAAAAUCCGGAACAGUGGCGCGUUAUAUUUUUCAUAGCCGCCUUCAUCAGCUUUUUCGGCAAUUUGCUCUUCGUUUUCUUUGGCACAGCCAAAGUGCAAUCAUGGAAUGAUGAGCAACCGGGGAAGGUCUAUGAAUUGAAGCCACUUAAUCAAGUAGUUAUUGAAGACUCAGAUGUGAAAGAAGAAAUUACGAAAUAA